CGGCGCGGGGGUGUGCCGCGGGCAGGGCUCCGCAGGGAAUAUGGGGCUGUUCCGGGUGGCCGUUACCAGCGGCGACUGCCUUUUUGGCUCUUUUCCGAGUCCUAAGUCCGAACCCCGCGUCCCACACUUAGCCAAGGGGUAGGCUUGGGCCAUGGGGGCUGAGGACUCCUGGAGGCAGAGGCCAAGCCUGGUCAAUUUGGUUCAAAGCGUUGAGAAAUUUAUUCGUAAAUCUGGGAUUUGCUGAGGCUGCCAAGCAUUCUCCAUCCCUCCUUGGCCUUAAAACACCACUUUCCCUUUUCAUCCAAGUCUAUCCCAAAUCAAGAGGCCUAACCGUUUAAUUGCUGCAUGCUCUCUAUCAGUCAUUGAGACCAGCUGUUCCAGGCCCUUACUAGCUUUUUUGUCUACCCUUGUCUUCCUCACAUCUUCACAAGCUGUAAGGAUGGCAUUCUUAGCCCUGUUUCAUUGCUAAGGGGCUGAGGCUUAGAGAUGCCCCAGGGCUGGAGACCAAGUUAACUUCUUCCCUUGGCUUCAGCCGUCCUCCUGAGGAAGCUCUGACUGCCACAGCUGGGGACCAUCCCUGCAGCUGCGCCUCUCCCCCUAGGGCCUAGGGACCUUCCUGCGCUAUCCUGGCUUUUGGACGGUUGGCCUUUCCCAGGCCUGUCAGUGGUUCGGAAAAGGCUCUGUCCUGUGCCCAUGGUGUGCUGGUUCAAUGUUUAACAACUGGAUUUAGUGAGGGGAAGCGCUGGUCUGUAUCUUUUGCGCGUGCCCGUGGUGUAAAUACUCCCAUCGUGGCUGAUUUCAAGCUACCACGAGUUUAACAACUGGCUCACAAAAAUUCCUGAAAAUUUAGCAAUCUGGUCGUGAUGUGAGCUGCUCCAGCGGAUCGGCAUAAUAAGUAAAUUAUACAAGGUGUUAGAAGGUGAUAAGUGCUAGGAUAGGAGAAAAUAUAGAGCAGACAGGGACAGAUUCAGGUUUUGUAGAACUAGAACCUCAUACAAUUUGAAGGGCUCUCUUUAAGAAAAAUAGUUAAAAAUGAAAUAUGAAAUUGAGGUUGGGGCCUUGGAAGGGGCCUGUGCAAGUCAAAGGUCCUUAAGGACUUUUAGGUUCAAAUUAAAUCUGCCACUAAGAACUGGGUAAGGGGGGUCACGGGGAGGGGUGGCCAGAUGGCACUGUGGGAAUGGCCGGUCCAGGCAGAGGGAAGGGCCAGUGCACGCGUGCUGAGGUGGGAGUCCUCUGCCGCAUUGGAGGAAGAGGCUGGAGCCAGCUGAGCAUGGAGGAGUGCAGUGAGGAUGGGACCAGAGAGGGGACUGGUGGAGCCUGACAGGCCCUCCAAAGCACUUUGGCUUUUACUGUGAGUGACUUUGGCUUUUGCCAUGGCCAGAGAUGUGGCAGCCAUUGGUACUACUUUACAAGGCUCACCCUGCUCUCUCUGUUGAGGGUGGACAGUGAGGGUAGGCGGGACUGGCAGAAGGAGAUUAGUUAGAGGUUAGUGUAGCAAUCUAGGCAAUAGACGAUGGAGGCUCAGCCCAGAGUCGGGCAGCCAAGGUGACGGGUGUGCGGCUGGAGGUGCAGGCUGAGCAGGUUCUCAGGCCUCUGGAGGAGCAGCAGGAAUGGAGGCUGGGUUUCGGUAGGCUGAGGGGUAAAUGGGUGGUGGGAGAUGGAGACCAGCAGUGGGCACAGCUCUUUGAGAAGCUGGAAGCAAAUGGAGCACAGGCAAAGGGGGAGUGUUUGGUGAUAAGAGGGAGUGCGGAGAGUAAAGCUGCAGCCUGUAAAGGUGUGAGGCCCAGCACUGCUGUGGGCCCCUCUGCGCCUCCGUCUCCCCUUCUGUGAUGAGGAUUCACUGCAGCAAGGCUUCUGGGGUUAGCUGUGACGACGAUGACAAGACAAUGAUGCUGAUGUAAGAUGCGAAGACUGGGCAGGUGCACAGAUUGGAGAGCCACAGGAAGGGAGCAGAGGUGGUGAGAGGAAGGCUGUGCUGGGACCAGAGCCCUUGUAGGUCAAGGGCAGGAGCUGCUCACUCUCAGCACUCACAGCCUGGUCGCCUGCUAGGUAUGAAGGGUGACGAGCGGGGUGUGGGAAGGUUGCUGGGGAGAGCUGAGAGCCAGCCUCAGCUAGGGGCUGGCCUGGAAACCCCAGCUGCUCAUGCUGCGGGGGAGGGGAACACAGAGGCAUGAGGUCCUUGAGUGGGGGACAAUGACUCAAGCCCCCUGGUGGCUUUAGUAGGGAGGGUUAUUGGCCAUUUUGAGAUUCACAGGGAGAGGCCAGUGGGAGUGGAAGACCGCCAGGGGCCACUUCCCCCACCCUGCCAGCCAGUGGGCUAGGGUAGGACAGAUGGGGCUGGUUAGCUGGACUGAGGGGUAGGCCGAGCCAACACCUCCUACCCAGCUGGGGGCUCUGCAGGCUGAGGUGCUGGGGGGUGGGGUUGGAAAUUCUGCAGGAGGGGCCUGUGAAUAGGAGGGGAAGCACCUGAGUGGCAGCCAUGCAGACCCAGCAUGGCAGGCCCCUCCCUCUCUCCUUCCCUCAAACAGUUUCACUUUUGUUUUCCUGUCCCAGGAAAUUUCUGUCUGUGGAGCAGGCACGGAAGUCCUGGCUGAAGGCCUGGUCUAGAGCGGCCCAGAUGGCUGGCAUUGCGACAGCGAUGGCAGAGGUGGAGGUGGGGGCGGCAGUGGAGCUCAGCGGGCUGCCCCCCGACAUCCCCGAUGAGCUGCUCACGCUCUACUUUGAGAACCACCGUCGCUCUGGAGGAGGACCUGUGUUGAGUUGGCAGAGACUUGGCCGCGGGGGUGUACUUACCUUUCGAAAGCCUGAAGAUGCAGCGAGGGUCUUGGCCCAGGAGGAGCACACGCUUAAUGGUGCUCGGCUGAGCCUGCGGCCAGCCCCACCACGCGCCCCUGCACGCCUGCUGCUCCAAGGACUGCCCCCUGGCACUGCACCCCAGCGCCUGGAGCAGCAUGUCCAGGCCCUGCUGCGUGCCACAGGGCACCUGGAGCAGCCCUGCCAUGCCCUGGCCAGUCCCCGGCCAGAUCGGGCCCUGGUCCAGCUGCCCAAGCCCCUCUCUGAGGCAGAAGUCUGUGUCCUGGAGGAGCAGGCCCGGGCCCUGAGCCUGGAGGGGGCUGAGGUAUCCCUGGCCCGGGUGCCCCAGGCCCGAGCGGUGCGUGUGGUGGGAGGCAUCGCCCCCGCAGACCUGCUGCUGCUGGAGCUGUACCUGGAGAAUGAGCGCCGCAGUGGCGGGGGCCCCCUGGCGGGCCUGCGCAGCCUGCCCGGGCGCCUGGGCACCGUGGUGUCCUUCCAGCACUGGCAGGUGGCCGAGCGGGUGCUGCAGCAGGACCACCAGCUGCAGGGCUCAGAGCUGAGCCUUGUCCCCCACUAUGACGUCCUGGACCCUGAGGAGCUUGCCGAGGACACCAGUGAAGGGGACCACCUGCCCGAGUUGGGGUCUGGGGCCACUGAUCAUGCUCUCUCAGAGGCUGGAGGGCCAGAGAGGGCACUGAAGGGUGCAGGGACUGUGACAUUGGGCUCUGAGGAGGCACCAGGGCAACCAGGAGCCUCUCUAAGGACAGGUCCCAUAGAGUCUCUGGGGCAGUCCAGGCCAGUCAGCUUGGGGCCCCGGGGGACUUCAGAACAGGAGGGGCCCAUGAGCCUGGGGACUGCGGGGCCUCCAGAGGAGGCAGGACUGGUAAGCCUGGGGUCUAUGGGGUCUCCAGGCCCAGUGGGCUCAGUUGAGAUCACCAUGGGGUCUCCGGAGCAGGUAGGGUCAGUGGGCCUGGGGCCUGUGGGGUCGCCAGGGCAGGAGAGCCUGGUAGAGAUGGUAUUGUCGAUGGAGCCGGGAGCAAUGCGCUUCAUACAAGUCUAUCAUGAGGACCUUCUUGCUGGUCUGGGAGAUGUUGCCAUUUUCCCACUCGAAGGAUCAGAUGUGACUGGCUUUCGGCUCUGUGGAGCCCUGGCUCCGUGCCAGGCAGCCAAGGAGUUUCUGCAGAGUCUGCUGGGCAGCGUUAGCUGUCACGUGCUGAGCCUGAAGCACCCGGGCAGCGCCAGGUUCCUGCUAGGCCCAGAGGGGCAGCACCUGCUUCAGGGGCUGGAGGCUCGGUUCCAGUGUGUCUUUGGGACGGAGCGUCUGGCUGGGGCCACCCUGGACACAGACCCUGGAGAGGUGGACCCCACUGAGGCCCUCCAGGCCCUCCCUGGCCUCUCCCACACCCUGUGGCCCCCAGACAGUACAGGCGGUGACCAGGAGAACGUGGGCCUGGAGGAGGUCCGAGAGCUGCUGGCCACCCUGGAGGGCCUGGAGGGGGAGGACUGGCUGCCCCUGGAGCUGGGGGAGGAGCAACCAGAUGAGGAGGCGACUCCAGGGUGCUUCGAGGAGGAGCCUGCACCCAGGGCUGGGGAGGAGCCCCUGGCCGCCAGCACUGGGGCUCCUGGGCAGCUGGAGGAGGAGGCCGCACUGCAGCUGGCUCUCCACCGGUCACUGGAGCCACAAGGCCAGGUGGCUGAGCAGGAGGAGGCUGCUGCUUUGCAGCGAGCCCUGGCCCUCUCCCUGCUGGAGCCACCCCGGUUGGAGGCAGCAGAGCUCCUGGGUGGGGGGACUGGUGGCCAGGCCCAGCUGGUGGUGCAUGUGACCUUUGAGCAGGACAUGGAUGAACUGGAGCAGGCACUAGGGGCUGCCUUGGAGGUGCACCUCUGGGAGGAGACGAUGGGGCCCCAGGGCUACACGCUACCCGCAGAGCUGCGUGCCCGCCUGGAGCAGUGCCACGGUGUGAAUGUUUCUGUUCGAGGUGACUGUAUCGUUCUCCGUGGCUUUGGGGUCCAGCCCACCCGUGCAGCCCGCCACUUAGCAGCACUGCUGCCUGGCCCCGUGGAUCAGAGUUUGGCCCUUCCCUUGGCAGCUUCAGGCCCCACCUUGCCAGAGGAGAGGCUGAAGAGGCCCUUGGGCAGGCUGGAGUGUCUGGCUGAGAGGAGCAAGGAGUUCCAGGAGGUGGUGCGGGCCUUCUAUGACACCCUGGAUGCUGCCCACAGCAGGACCCGCAUUGUCCGGGUGGAGCGAGUGUCGAACCCGCUGCUGCAGCAGCAGUACGAGCUGCACCGGGAGCGCCUGGAGCAGCACUGCGAGCGGCGCCCAGCCGAGCAGGUCUUGUACCAUGGCACAUCGGCGCAGGCCGUCCCGGACAUCUGCGAGCAUGGCUUCAACCGCAGCUUCUGCGGCCGCAACGGCACGCUCUACGGGCAGGGCGUAUACUUCGCCAAGCGCGCCUCCCUGUCGGUGCAGGACCGCUACUCGCCCCCCAACGCUGACGGCCACAAGGCGGUGUUCGUGGCGCGGGUACUGACCGGCGACUACGGCCAGGGCCGCCAGGACUUGCGGGCACCCCCUCCGCGGGCCCCUGGCCACGUGCUCCUGCGCUACGACAGCGCGGUGGACUGCCUCCGCCAGCCCAGCAUCUUCGUCAUCUUCCACGACACCCAGGCGCUGCCCACCCACCUCAUCACGUGCGAGCACAUGCCCCCGUCUCCCUCCGGGGAACCCUUUGGGCUCUUGGGCCACUCCCCAGCCACCUAACCCUAGAGGGCCCCCUCGGCCCAGGCUCUGGCCUCCUGUUUCCCCGGCUUCGCACAGGCUUCCUGCCCCUUCGGCCGCCUGAGGUGCCCCUGGGGGCGCCCCUGCCUCCUGCUGUCGCGCAGGGGCCGGCAGUGCGGACGAGGAGGGCUGGAGCCGUGUCCCCGCCUGGGCUGGGUCCCCGCCUGGGCCGGCCCAACCACCAGGGGUCAGCAGAGCCCAGGAAGAGGGUGGGCCGGCCCGACACCGUCCGCCUCGGCCAGACCUCUCCGGAGCGCGACUCUGCCGUUUGAAUAAACGUGUACGUGAAACCAGGCGGAGGGGCCUGCUGGAGCUCCGGGUCCGA